GAGAUUUUAUAAUGUGCGGUGAACAAUGAGACGUCGUUAGGUAUAGAUAGAUAGCCGUAAAGGAAUUGAAAGCGCCAGAAAAACCCUACACCUAGAACCCGCAAGGGUUUUGGUCCCUUUGGUUCUGCCAUCAGAAGCCAGAAAUUGGUUCAUCAUCAACAUCUAACAUGGUACUGUUCUCCAAUUUCAAGCACCUCAGGUUGGUUUCGUCACAAUUUUUUUAUACAUUUGCAUCCAAACCCAAAAGAUUUGUCUCUUUCGAUCCCAACCCCUCAAACUUUUCUCUUCCAAAUCAGUUGCUUUACAGACCCUUCGCAUCAAAAAUCUCAGAAACCCAACACCAUUUCACAGUCAAUUACCUCAUAAACUCAUGUGGGUUGUCCCCAGAAGGUGCAGUUUCAGCAUUCAAGAUGUUCAAGUUGCGAUCUUCAGAAAAUGCAGACUCUGUUUUGGCACUUUUGAGAAACCAUGGACUCUCUGAGACCCAAAUCUCAAAGGUUUUCAGGUCAGCCCCAAAAAUUCUUCAACUCGAUCCUCAGAAAAUCCUUCUGCCCAAGAUUGAGUUUUUCAGCUCUCUGGGAAUUUCAAGGGAGGAUCUUGCAAAAGCUGUGGCUCGUAAACCAAACCUCUUGGUAAUGAGCUUGCAAAACCGGAUUAUGCCCACUUAUGAUUUUCUCAGGAGUAUGCUGCUUUCUGAGAAAAAUGUUGUUACAGUGAUCAAGCGCUCCUCGUGGAUUUUUGUCGAAGGCCACCGCAAGCAUUUGGUGCGAAAUGUCGGGCUUUUGAGGGAACUAGGUAUGCCCCAAACAUGUAUUGCUUUCUUGCUAACUCACUGCAGUUCUGUUUUGAUGCUAAAUCCUGAAAAACUUGGUAAACUUGUGGGGGAAGUUAAGGAAAUGGGAAUCAAUGUGGAAAAUACAACCUUCGCAAGUGCACUAGAUACUUUGUGUGGUAACAAUAAGUUGGUGUGGAAUAGAAGUCGCGAAGCUUAUAAGAAAUGGGGUUGGUCUGAGGACGAUGUUCUUUCUGCUUUUAAGCGGUGCCCAACUUGUAUGAUUAUGUCGGAGCAGAAGCUAAUGCAAUCGAUGGAUUUUUUAGUGAACAAGAUAAGAUGGUCGUCAGGAAUGAUUGCCAAGUACCCUGUGGUCAUGAACUUGAGUUUGGAGAGGAGACUUAUCCCGAGGUGUUCGGUUGUUAAAGUUUUGUUGUUGAAAGGUUUGAUAAAUGAGAACUUCAAUUUGGGUUCAGUGGUGAUACCUGCGGAGAAACAGUUCUUGGAGACGUUUGUGAACAGAUAUCUUGGCAAAGUACCUCAAUUGUUGAGCGUGUAUCAAGGGAAGGUCGAUAUCCAGGAUGCUUGAUCAUGGUCGAAUUUUUCCUUAAAGCACUUAAUUAUUUGUGAUUUUUUUCUGGUAUAUGUGGAGGAGAAUAGACAUCCAGCGCCACAUUUGUUAGUGUGAUUCUUCAAAUCACCAAACAGACACUCACUUUCAGGACUGCCCUAGUACUUGCCUACAUUUCACACCAAAUGGACAGUGCGGUGUCGAAGUUGUUAUGGAAGAUCAAGGUCCCUUCAAAGGUUACCAAUUAUAUGUGGAAGGCCCUCUCAAGUGCUCUUCCAUACAAACCCAACCCUGAUCAUGUUACUUAUUGGAUGCUUGGUUUUUUAAGCUGAUGAAGGAUUUCAACCCUACAACAUCUAUGAAGAUGCACUUUCAAGUCAACUUGGGAGUGAUUUGGAUUUGGAUUCAAACUUAAGCCAUGUCAAUGGAGAAAGUAAUUCCAAGACGAUUAUUGAUUGCCUCAACGAUGUGUAGUUUAUGGAGGAUCAUCAUAGCAGAAAUUAGGCGACUGUGCCUACAUUUUUGAGUGUUCGCUGUAACAGGAACGCCCUCAAAGCUGCUGCAGUGGCGUAUAUGAGGGUGUGUCAACGUCGGGCUUCGCAGCUUCCCCCUCUCUUGUGCUGGCUGGUAGUUUCUUUUAGGUAACCCCCUGUUGCAUGUAUGCUAUGCCGUCCAUUUGUUAAAUUUGUUAUAUAAUUUGUUGCUUGUGUGUAAUAGUAAUUUAAACUUUGUAUUCGUUCAAAACACACAUAUGCAUGUAUAUAGUAGAAUAAUAAAAUUUUGUUAGGUCUUGAAUGAAA